AUGUUAGAGAACCCUCAUAUCUAUGAGUUGAGAGAACAGGAUAGAUGGCUACCUAUAAAUAAUGUGGCUCGACUGAUGAAGAAUACAUUGCCUGUUACAGCUAAGGUUUCAAAGGAUGCCAAAGAGUGUAUGCAAGAGUGUGUUAGUGAAUUUAUAUCGUUUGUAACCAGUGAAGCUGGCGAUAGAUGUACAGCCGAUAAGAGGAAGACUAUCAAUGGGGAAGACAUAUUGAUAUCAUUGCAUGCGUUAGGGUUUGAGAAUUAUGCUGAAGUGUUGAAAAUAUAUUUGGCCAAAUAUAGACAUCAACAGGCGUUACGCAAUCAACAGAUGUUGGAAGAAGAGGAAGAAAAAAUGAGAGAUCAAGAAGAAGGGCAAGAACGGAAAGUACAACCAACUAAUGAUAGUGAGGAACCUGUGACUGAAGAAAAGACAGAACAAAAGUAA